AUGAACCCCUACGUAUUUGCCAUCCUGCUUUCAAGUCUAGGAAUCGGAACCACCCUAACAUUUGCAAGCUCCCACUGACUCCUAGCAUGAAUAGGCCUAGAAAUCAACACACUAGCCAUUAUCCCACUAAUAGCACAACAACACCACCCCCGAGCAGUUGAGGCCACAACCAAGUACUUUCUAACCCAAGCAACGGCCGCAGCCAUAAUUUUAUUUGCUAGCACUACAAAUGCCUGAUUGACAGGAGAAUGAAACAUUCAAGAAAUAUCCAACCCCACAGCCCUAACCUUAAUCACCAUAGCCCUGGCCCUUAAAAUCGGACUUGCCCCCAUCCACUACUGAUUGCCAGAAGUAUUACAAGGCCUUGACCUCACCACAGGACUUAUCCUCUCUACCUGACAAAAACUAGCCCCAUUCGCCCUAAUUUACCAAAUCAGCCCAAUAAUAAACCCCACCCUUAUAAUCACCCUAGGCCUAGCCUCCACCAUCGUUGGCGGAUGAGGCGGAUUAAACCAAACACAACUACGAAAAAUCCUAGCAUACUCAUCCAUCGCUCACCUAGGCUGAAUAAUAGUUAUCAUACAAUACUCCCCCAGCCUCGCCAUACUUAACCUAACCCUCUACAUUAUCAUAACCACCGCAACUUUCCUGACAUUCAAAAAUGUGACCUCCACAAAACUAAACGCACUAGCCCUUACCUGAUCGAAAACCCCCAUAAUAACCACAAUAGCAAUAAUAACCCUACUUUCCCUAGGAGGCCUCCCUCCACUAACAGGCUUUAUACCCAAAUGACUCAUCCUACAAGAACUAACCAAACAAAACCUCCCCCUCACAGCAUCAAUCAUAGCUAUAGCCGCCCUACUCAGCCUCUUCUUCUACCUACGAAUAUGCUAUGCAAUAACCUUAACAAUCUCCCCCAACACUAACAACAACACCUCAACGUGACGCCAAAAAUCAUCACAGACUACCAUAACCCUCUCCAUCACCACCCUACUGGCACUAACAUUACUACCAACCACACCUACAAUUAUAGCCCUAAUAACAUA